CAUACACUGGUCAAUAUACCACAUCUGGUGGUCAAAGAUGACCGUAAGUGACGUGGUAGGGCUAUCACAGUAGAAUUGUUUCUUAGACCGUCAGGAAAAAAAGGAUCGUUUCACUACAGGAACUGUAAGGACACCUGUAAAAGUGAGCUAUAGCCCUCUUGUUUUACGGCUCAUCAGUAGACAACAGGAUGGAAUACAAAACAGAGGUCCGAUGCCUGCAGUUCUGGGUCCUUGCCUUCUCUGUUGGAACCACUCUGGCCUUCUAUCUCAUAGCAGACUACUACAUGGACCCUGGUGUAAGCAAUGCUUUUGGUGGGAUCUGUAACAAACGUGUGGAGGACGCAUGCGCGUACGUAAACAGCCACAUCAACCCUUUGUACCUGUGGGAUUAUGACGACAACGUUGACUGCGUGUUGACGCUGGACGCUGGGUCAAUGAAUUCAGCUAAGUUUAAGGUGGAAUGGCACCACUUUAAUCUCCAGCCCUCCGCAUCGUGUGCAGCAGAUUACCUGGCUAUUUAUGACGCGGACAUGACUGACAUCAGUAACGCGUCCACCCUGAUCGGCCAAUACUGUGGUGGCCAGGUGAAUAUCACCGGUUAUCCCACCCAGCGUUACCUCACCUUACAGUUCCAUACCGACGGGUCGGCCGCCGACAACGGCUGGAGAUUGAGAGCUACCCGAUAUGAAGCACCACCCUGUCAGGAUGACGAGUAUUUAUGUCCAAGUGAAAACAUCUGUAUCGACGGCCGACUCAAGUGUGAUGGUACCUACCAGUGUGCUGAUCUUACGGACGAGAACGACUGCACCUUUACGGAGGAAUUCAUCGGCGCUUUCAUCGCCCUGGGUAUGGGAGGACUGGUCGGGGUUGGUAUUGGAUGUAUCACUGGCUGUGUGGCGAUAUGGGUGUUAGUGGGAGCAUUCACCUGCUGUAAGAAGUGCUGUAAGGUAUGCUGUUUGAAGUGCUGCUGCUGGUGGCCGUGCUGUAAGGGCCGGUGUGGAAAUCCCCCGGCAAACUCCAAGGUAGGUCCGCAGGAGGAAGGCGAUGACUGGGGAGAUGACCUCAACAAACCAACACUGGAGGACGAUAUAGCCAUAGUGGACGAGGCCGAAGGCAACGACUGUGGCCGAGACGAUGAGAUGGCCGCCGAAAACCCGAUAGGGACAACGGAUGACAAUGAUCCCAACUCAGCUGUGAGCCUAGAUGGUGGAAAACAAACUGCCUUGUCUGGAAUGGGCACUGCCAAAGAAGGAGGUCUUACUGAGGUCGUGUAGGGCGCUGGUGUGGCGUCCUGUUUGAUACAUGGUCGGUCUAUAACAGAAAGAGAAAUGCAGAAUAGACUGUUCCUGCGAUAAAUAUUGCUUUAAAUUACCAACUUAUUGGUCGAAAACACUUUUUACACAAUGACAGACUUCCGGUACGACGCGGGAUGUUCUACUCUCUACUUUGACUGUACUAGAUACAAAUUGCCAUUUUCAACUUCAUGUCUACGCAGGUUCGUUCGUAUGUUUCAUAAAUUAUUAGUAUAUCCUACUGCUCAUUUGUAUUCGUCCUAACUUUUGUUUCUUAGAUUUACACAAUGAUUGAAUACAUAUGUUUUUCUAUAACGCCUCUGUAAGUACGCGUUUCAGUGUUGACAUAUUAAACAAGCGAUAUCAGGUAUCGACUAAUGAAAUCAACAAUUUACAGUUUUGUAAAACUUCUGUCCAAAUAAAGAUUCUGAUUUGUAUUAUGCAUGUUCAAAUCUGCCCUUGUUAUGCUUGUCGACAUAAACUAGCACUACAUUUGUCCGUCAGAUGUCGCCAUCAAGGAGAGUAAGAAUUUCUG